AUGCUUACUGAUUUGUAUCAGAUCACCAUGGUUUAUGCAUACUGGAAAGUGGGACGUCACAACGACCACGCCGUAUUUGACCUUUUCUUCCGUAAGAAUCCAUUUCACGGUGAAUACACAGUAUUUGCAGGCUUGGAAGAAGCGCUUGCCAUGGUCAACACUUUUAAAUUUACGGCGGGUGAUAUCGCAUAUCUACGUGAAGUACUACCUCACGCCGAAGACGAUUUCUUUGCGUGGCUCUCAAGUAUUGAUUGCUCAAGUAUCCAGGUAUACGCAGUUAAAGAAGGAUCGAUCGUCUUUCCACGCAUUCCGCUCGUGCGUAUCGAAGGCAAUCUAGCCAUUGGUCAAUUGUUGGAGACGCCACUUCUGAAUUUGCUCAACUAUGCGAGUCUCAUCACAACGAAUGCUACACGUUUUAAAAGAGCAGCGGGAGCCGAUAAAAGAUUGCUAGAAUUCGGUCUACGUCGAGCACAAGGACCAGAUGGCGGAUUAAGUGCUUCGAGAUACGCGUACAUGGCUGGCUUUGCUGGUACCAGUAACGUACUUGCCGGAAAGCUGCAUAAAAUUCCUGUCAUGGGUACACAUGCGCAUGCGUUUGUGCAAGCCCACACAACACUGGAUGAUCUAAAAGUUACGAUGCUUGAUGGCAUCAACUUUCUUGACGUGGUAUUAAAGUAUCGUAAUGAACUUGGCCACACACAGACAAACGAUGGUGAACUUGCAGCUUUUAUCGCGUAUGCUAUCGCCUUUCCCGACGCUUUCUUAGCGCUGGUUGAUACCUAUGACACGCUUUCGUCAGGUGCGCCUAAUUUUAUUUGCGUCGCUCUAGCAUUGCAUGAAUUGGGUCACCGUCCUGUCGGUAUUCGUCUCGAUAGUGGUGAUUUAUCCUACCUCUCAAAAUGCUGCCGUGCUGCCUUUUUGGACAUAAGUGAGAACUACCACAUCGACUACUUUAAAGAGUUGAAUAUCACGGCUAGUAAUGAUAUCAAUGAGGCAGUUCUUAACUCGUUAAAUGAACAGCGUCAUGAGAUCAAUUCGUACGGCAUUGGGACACACCUCGUAACAUGCCAGGCCCAACCUGCGCUGGGGAUGGUUUACAAACUUGUAGAGAUCAAUGGAGAGCCACGAAUCAAGCUCUCCCAAGACGUGAGCAAGGUUACAAUUCCGGGUCGAAAGGAGGCUUUUCGUCUAAUCGGAGCAAAUAAGAAGCCAUUGUUAGAUUUAAUGACGGGGUGCAAUGAAAAGGCCCCUGUAGUUGGCAAAAAGAUGCUGUGCCGGAAUCCAUUUGAUGAACUACGUCGUGCAUAUGUCACGCCAUCUCAAGUCAUUUCAUUACACGAUUUGUAUUGGGAUGGUUGUAAUGGUCUUGUUGGUGAGUUACCGACUCUAGAGGAGCGACGUCAAUAUGUAGCCGAACAAUUUGAGCUGAUUCGUGAGGACGUUGUGCGGUCACUCAAUCCAACACCAUACAAAGUGGCAGUAUCGAACGAUUUGUACGAGUUUAUUCACGAGCUAUGGAUGCGAGAGUACCCCGUGCAAGAGCUAAAUUAA